AUGGCCAACCCGCAGCAGCAAGAUCCGAUUACCCCUGACGAUGCCUGGGAUGGUUGGGACGACGAGGGCGCUGAGGUGAUGAGUUCCGGGACGUCAUUGACGUCCAUCACCUCGUCGAUUCUUCGGGGCAAGGUCGAAGAUGGGCGUGUAUAUGCCGUCUACGGCAAACAAGAAUACGGGAUGCCGAUGGACGACGCGGAACUCGAUAGAAUUGAUAUGUGCCACGCAAAGUACUACGCAUUACUCGAGAAGAAGCGCUUCAUUGCCCCGAUCACAGAAAAUCCUCAGAAGAUCCUAGAUCUGGGUUGCGGAACAGGAAUAUGGUCGAUUGAUGUCGCCGAUAUGUAUCCCUCGGCCGAUGUUCUGGGAGUUGAUAUUGCGCCUACACAGCCAGAAUGGGUACCGCCAAACUGCCGCUUUGAACUCGACGACAUCGAGCAAGACUGGGACCGCAAAGAGAACUCGUUCGACUUCAUUUUCGCCCGCGACCUCAUUCUUGCCAUCCGGAACUGGCCCCGGUUGAUAGACCAGAUCUACACACACCUCAAACCCGGCGGCUGGGCCGAGCUGCACUGCGUGACGGGCGUCCUGGGCUGCGACGACGGCACGCUCACCGACGACAGCCCGAUGAAGAAGCUGUCGGACGCGCUGUACGACAGCACGCAGAGCUUCGGCACGCCCAUCGACGACCCGACCCGGUGGAAGCGCUGGCUGGAGGAGCGCGGCUUCGAGGACGUCACCGAGGUCGUCUACAAGAUGCCGUGCAGCCCGUGGCCCAAGGACGAGCGGCUCAAGUUCAUCGGCGCCUUCGAGCUCGAGAACCUGCUGUACGGCCUGAGCGGCAUGGUCACGCGGCUGUUCUGCAAGGGCCUGAACUGGACGCCCGAGGAGGUGCAGGUCUUUCUGGUGGACGUGCGGAAGGAGUUGAAGCGGCGGGAUUUGCAUGUUUACUGGCCAUACUACGUCGUGUACGGGCGGAAACCCGGUGGCUCAAAGACCGCUGAGAAACCAGUGCCCCAGCCAUCAGCGCCCGAGCCAGGGCCGUCAUCAACAGCAGGGUAA